GUGCGAGGGACGUGUGACGGAGGUGCGUCGCUUCCGGCAGACGUGGCGGCUGAUGUGGAUCUGGAGAGGCCGAUGAGAAUCAGCCGCCGUCAACAUGAUUUCCCUCACGGACUCGCAGAAAAUUGGAAUGGGAUUAACAGGUUUUGGUGUGUUUUUCCUGUUCUUUGGUAUGAUUCUCUUCUUUGACAAGGCACUUCUUGCGAUAGGAAAUAUUUUAUUUGUGGCAGGCUUGUCUUUUGUAAUCGGCUUAGAAAGGACUUUCAGGUUCUUCUUCCAGAAACACAAAAUGAAAGCUACAGGCUUCUUUCUGGGUGGUAUUUUCGUUGUGCUGAUUGGCUGGCCAGUAAUAGGCAUGGUUCUUGAAAUUUAUGGAUUCUUCCUUUUAUUCAGGGGUUUCUUCCCGGUGGUGGUCGGCUUUAUUAGACGAGUACCUAUAUUAGGCUCUAUUCUGAAUUUACCUGGAAUAAGCUCUUUUGUAGAUAAAGCUGGCGAGAGCAACAGCAUGGUAUAACAGAGACUGGAUGGACAACUGCUACAGAAACAUACUGUAUAAUAUAUUUAUAAGGUUUACCUAAGGAAAACAUUUCUAAAUUUAUAUUUUACUGAGUUACCUGUGUAGGAACAAAUAAAACUUGAUAACAUUCUUUGUACCAAAAUAUUUUGUCAGAGAGGAAAGGUGGUCUUGGCAUUGAAUUCUACUCUCUCUCAACCUUUCCUCCCCUCCCAGUUGUUCUAAAUGACUUUUCACGUGGAAUGCUUGGCGCCACAGCCUCCAGCAGAGAGGGCAUGGUCAGCUGGACUGUGGACUGAACCACUACCACCGUCAAUGCUGCUCAUUGAUCAGCAGGGAAGAAGUGAGCCUUAAACUUGCUGAGUUGGACUGGAUAAGACCAACUGAAAAGAAAUGUCUUUAUUUAAAUCUUGUUUGACAAUGGCAAGCAAUUUUUGAAAUAUUAGAAGGACUCUGACUCACCUGGCCAUUUUUUUGGUUUCUUUGUCAAGUAAUACAACACUUGAGUGGGCAGACCUUAUCCUGUUUAUCACUUAAAGAUACACAUGUGGCUGAUCUUGAUCUUUUAGAUAAAAGUAAACAGUUUUCAUUCCCAAUUGUCUUAUCCUCAAUCGUCUGUCUCUCUCUGCAGUUAUGUUUGAUCACUUCGCCGUCUUUUGUGUUAUACUUAUAUCUUUUUAUGUGAAAGAUCAGGUUAAUGAUGAGUUUUUAUCUUUUGAGACUGCCUCACUUGGCAGGGAUUUUGUGCAAACUAACAUGUCUGAUGUAUUAUGUACCUUUAGCAGAUGGUGAUUACAGUUAUUAAAGCAGAUUUUUUUUAAGAAA